UCGUACUAUCGUUGUUGCAUUAGUAAAUAACCGCGCGCCAACUAAAUCCCAAUCAUUCUUUUUAACUUGUUUGCUUCAAUACGCCACUAUGGGAAUUUUGGGCUUAGCAAAAUUAAUAGCAGAUAUUGCACCAGUUGCCAUUAAAGAAAAUGAAAUUAAAAACUACUUCGGACGCAAAGUGGCCAUUGAUGCAUCGAUGUGUCUCUAUCAAUUUCUGAUUGCUGUACGUGCUGAUGGUGCGCAACUAACAACCGUGGACGGUGAGCCUACAUCACAUCUGAUGGGCAUGUUCUAUCGUACUAUAAGGAUGUUAGAGCAUGGCAUUAAGCCGGUAUAUGUGUUUGAUGGUAAGCCGCCAGAUUUAAAAUCCGGUGAAUUGGCGAAGCGUGCAGAGCGUCGCGAAGAAGCACAAAAGGCUUUGGAAAAGGCCGAGGAGGCGGGCAAUGCAGAAGAGGUGGAGAAAUUCAAUCGUCGUUUGGUGCGUGUGACUAAAGAUCAUGCGCGUGAGGCGCAGGAAUUACUUAAACUGAUGGGAGUGCCCUAUGUAGAGGCACCAUGUGAAGCGGAAGCACAGUGUGCAGCACUGGUAAAAGCAGGCAAAGUUUAUGGCACGGCUACAGAGGAUAUGGACGCACUUACCUUUGGUUCCAGUGUGCUGCUACGUCAUCUGACAUUCAGUGAGGCACGCAAAAUGCCGGUUAAGGAGUUUUUUUAUGAAAAAGUGCUUCAAGGACUCGAACUGACUAGCACAGAAUUCAUAGAUCUUUGCAUACUGCUGGGAUGUGAUUACUGUGAAGGUAUCAAGGGUAUUGGACCAAAGCGUGCUGUUGAGUUAAUCAAUACUCAUCGCGAUAUAGAGACUAUACUAAAGAAUAUUGAUCAAAAGAAAUAUACGGUAGCGGAGAAUUGGAAUUAUCAAGUGGCGCGUGAACUGUUUUUAAAUCCAGAAGUAACAGAUCCAAUGAGUAUUGAGCUUAAAUGGACAGAACCCGAUGAGGAAGGUUUGGUUAAAUUUCUUUGCGGUGAUCGGCAGUUUAGUGAGGAUCGCGUACGCGCCGGUGCCAAGAAAAUUCAAAAAUCCAAAAACACACAGACGCAGGGACGACUGGACAAUUUUUUUAAGACUUUGCCAUCUACAAAUAAUAAUAAAGCCACACCUAAGCGUAAGGUUGAAGAGGAUAAAAAGGGUGCCAAUAAGAAAUCCAAAAUUGGCGGCGGUGGCCGUGGUAGGCGUCCUAAGUAAUGCAGUGUUUUUUAUGAACCUAUUGACCAGUUAUAAUUUAUUGACUUGAAUAAGUAUAGUUGAUAUGUAAGCGCAUUUGUGAGCGCACCAGUAACCGCAGUUGCUUAAAAUACUAAUGCAAUUGUAAUGUUUCUUUCUUUUUUCAAGCCUCAUAUUUU